CCGGUUGGAAAGUUGCAUCACUCUGAAAAUAAAUUUCCUUUGAAGACGUUUUUAACAACAGCCGUGAGACAGGAAUCAGUUGUUGCACAAGAAGCAUGAGAUGAGCUCUGUCAUUUUAUUGACUGUGCUAUUGUACGAGCGAUGAGAUACCAACAAAAUGCAGCAUGUCAGCCUACGGAUAAUAUGGGAACAUUAGGGCGAUUCAAAGAAAUUCAGACAGUACAGAAAAGAAAGAGUACGCAGUACAGAAUCUGUAAUAUUCUAAAUAUAAUCUCAAUGGCAAGCACAGAUAAAGGAAACCCCAGCAAGAAUGCACAAACCUUAAAGUUGCCACUGUUUCUAAGCAGAGAAACUACGGCGUAUCCAGCCUAAACCUUGCUCAGAUCACUCGGGUGAGCGUAAUGAUGUCCCUGGGACAGCUAGCUAAGGGGGCUAGCCUGGAUGACCUAAUCGAGACCUGCAUUCAGUCCUUUGAUGCAGAUGGGAACCUGUGUCGAAGCAGCUACCUGCUGCAAGUUACACUGACCAUGCACCGCUUCAACGUGUCAUCCACAGAGCUGCUGCAGAAGCUCAUCACACUAUAUCAGAAUGCUCUAGAGCAAAACUGUGCUGCAGCUUGCCUGAAGAUCUGUUACUUUAUAAGAUACUGGAUAAAAGAGUUCUGGAUUAUGUUCAAAAUGGACAAAGGUCUUUCAGAAAAAAUGGAACAUUUUCAGGAGCUGGUCAGAAUGAAUGGUGAAGAGUCUCACUCCCAAUUCAUCGACACCUCUCAAAUAAAUACACGUGACUGGUCACGGAAAAUCACUCAACGGAUAAAACCGAACUGUAGCAAAAAGCGAAAAGUUUCCCUUCUAUUUGAUCACUUGGAGCCAGGAGAGCUGGCCGAACACUUAACCUACCUCGAAUUCAAGUCCUUCCGCAGGAUUUCAUUUUCAGAUUAUCAGAAUUAUGUGCUGACUGGAUGUGUAAAGGAUAAUCCCAUGAUGGAACGCUCUGUUGCUUUGUGUAAUGGCAUCUCACAGUGGGUCCAGCUUAUGGUUCUCAGCAGACCUACACCACAACUACGGGCUGAAGUCUUCACCAAGUUUAUUUGUGUGGCUCAGAAACUCCAGCAGUUGCAGAACUUUAAUACACUAAUGGCAGUGGUUGGAGGUUUGUGUCAUAGCUCGAUUUCCAGACUCAAAGAAACAAGUGCCUGUGUCCCUCAUGAUGUUAAUAAGGUGAUGAAUGAAAUGACUGAGCUGCUUUCAUCCAGUGGAAACUAUCACAACUACCGACGCAUGUACAGCGAAUGCAUAGACUUCAAGAUCCCUAUUCUGGGCGUCCACCUGAAAGAUCUUAUCUCACUACACGAAGCCUUGCCAGACUGUGUUGAAGACAACAAGAUUAAUGUACACAAGCUGCAGACUCUCUACAACCACAUCAACGAGCUUGUCCAGCUUCAGAACACUGCACCUUCUCUAGAUGCAAACAAGGACCUAGUGCAUUUGUUGACACUUUCGCUGGAUCUCUACUAUUCGGAAGAUGAAAUUUAUGAGCUUUCAUACGCACGUGAGCCGAGAAACAGUAAAGUUCCACCAGCAACUCCUUGCAAACCACCUGUAGUAGCUGACUGGGCCCCUGGAGUAUCAACGAAGCCUGAUCCCAAGACCAUCAGUAAACAUGUUCAAAGGAUGGUUGACUCUGUCUUUAAAAAUUACGACCAUGAUCAGGAUGGCUAUAUUUCCCAAGAGGAGUUUGAAAAGAUUGCUGCCAGUUUUCCAUUUUCCUUCUGCGUGAUGGACAAAGAUUGUGAAGGACUAAUAAGCAGAGAAGAAAUUACAGCCUACUUCAUGAGGUCCAGCUCUAUCUUCUCAAAGUCAGUCCUAGGCUUUCUCCAUAAUUUCCAGGAGACCACAUAUCUGAAACCAACUUUCUGCGACAACUGUGCUGGAUUUAUCUGGGGCGUUAUAAAACAAGGGUACAGAUGCAGAGAUUGCGGCAUGAACUGCCACAAACAGUGUCGAGAUCUUGUGGUCCUGGAAUGCAAAAAUAAACCCAAGACUACAGAUACCAGUCCAACAUCAAGCUCCACUCCCACUGCACUCUGCCCUACAGGAACCAAAAGCCACAACACUGGAAAUGAGGAUGGACCAUUUACAUACUUCAAUGAGGAAGUGAAUGACAAUUCUGAACGCAAAGACCGCACGAUUGUACUAAUGGGGGGCUCAGCACAGAAGAUCUCAGUAAGGUUGAAGCCUAUUGUAAUGGAUAAGGCCUCACAGACUGACGCAUCUGGCUUAGACACAGAUAAUUCAGGGAAUCAAGCGACUUCUUUGGGAAGAGUGAAGACAUCAGACACAUCUCUGCUAUCCCCAAACAUACUCCCAUUGUGCCCAAGUCCCAUUCCAGCUCGCAGAAGACCCUGUGUAAAAUGGGAAAACAUGGCAUCCUUUCACAAACCUAAAGGUGAUGACUUUAGCAAGGAGCAUCGACUCUAUCAACUAGAAAAGGAAAGAACUCUGCUUCGAGAAGAGAAAGAAAAGCUGCACAUUGAAAACACAAGCCUGCAGACAAAGUUAUUAGAGGCACAGCAAGAGAUCAAGGCUGUCACUGAACAACUAGAUUUAUUCCGAAAGCAUAUGACUAUGGAACCAAGAAGCUCUUCACCGACGCAAGAGUAAAAUUUAUAAUAUUUGGUAGACUGUUCAUAACUAGUAUUUCUGUACAGUACUGGGAUCUAUAGAAAAUGUUAACAAAAUAUAAGGAUUUUUGGUGAAAAUUGAUGGACAUUUUCACAUUAUUUAACUGUGUUUUCUCAUCCAAAAGAACUGAUAUCUAGUUUUUAAAUUAGAAAACGUAGAAAUAAGCAUUACUACAAACACUAGACACUUUUAAUAAUAAAAACCACCAACUUUAUAAAGAAUCAAGUGCACCCCUGAGCAGGAGGUUGAGAUUGGGAGCAGAUGGGCAUUUAAUUACUUUAAAGAAAACUAGAACUAAUAACUUUUUAGAGUUACAUAAUGGAGUUAAUCUUAACUGUUGCAUUAGUGUGAAACAACCAAUCAGAUUUACUGCCCAUUAUGCAUCUUUUCAUGAAAAUUGGGAGAGUUGGAUUACAAGUGGCCUCUCCAACAUCACUCACUUAUACUUCCGCUAAAAGUUAUUUCCUCCAGUUUGUUUUACUUAGAUGUGAUUAAAAGCCAUUUCAAACGUGCUUGUGGCUAUUUUAAAUUAACUGAAUGGAUUACAGCCACAUUUCUUGAUAGUACAAAUUAAAGUUGAUGCAGGAAAUAUGUUUAAUUGUUGUUCUACAAUGGAAGUUGCCAGAAAAAACAUUUUUAAAAAUUUCAUACAACAAGAAUUCACGGCAUAUGUUCUAAUAAUUCCCUGGUGGGUGAAAAGAAGAUGUUGCCAAUACUAUCAUGUUGCACAACACAUCUAGUGUCAGUUAUAAUGAAAGAUUCUGAAAAUUAUAUUGUUAAAGAUUAAAUUGAUGUAGUUACAUCGCGUUCUGCAAUGAUCUGGUCACAGUGACCAAUACGCCUUUAGGCAAGGAAGUUUUUGGAAAACUAUUUUCACACUAUGCUCAUCAACAGACCAACAGUAACUGCAUUUCAAAGUAAUUUAUUCAAUGAGACGUGUUUGCAAUGUCAGGAGAGACAUGAUAAGGUGCUCUGUUAGUCCAAGUACUUUUUCCUUUCAUCCAGAAAGCGUCGCGAAAAUGUGAAAAUACUAUAUAUUUAAAAGUGUUAAGCCUCCUAAAUAAUGGAUCAUCAUGAAGAUCUUAUUUAAAGCUCAGAUGUUAACAAGGCCAAUUAUCAACCUAAAGCCACCUAUUGCAUUCCACUCGAACUAUGUACUAAUAGUUGAUAAAACUUAGAGGUAAAAUUGGGUCAUCAAAGAUGAAUCACAAUGACUUGGAGUUACCCCAGGAUUACUCAGAAGCUUCACAGCUUUAGCCCUGACAGCUAUUGCGAGGGAAGCUCAGUUAACAUAUACGGUCACUUUUUAUUUUUAUGGGCAUUUAUAGUCACUUGAUGCACACAAACAAAAUAAUCAUAUUCAGAGUUAACAGUUCAGGUUGAUGACCUUUCACCAGCAUUUUCUUCUUUCUUAAUUUCAGAUUUCCAGCAGCCUCACCAUUUUGCUUUUGUAUUGUUGUAGCCAUAUUCAGUACUGAGUUAAUGAUCGAGUUUGAGUUUUAGGAAGUGUGCAGUAGCAAUAGCCAAAUAUGUCACAUUCAGCAAUAACUCAAAUAUUCAUCCACAAAUUCCUACAAAUGAAGACUGUACUUUGAACCAGGAUAGGUGCAACAUAUUUGAUUUUACUGACCAGUUUAUAACCAAACCACACUGUUUAAUUAUUGCAUGUUAUACCUCUCUCUGGUGGUUAGCUAUAUCCUUUUCUAGUUCAUGCAAGCCACAAGCUUUUUGAGUUGGCAUUUUAGUCUAAAAGAACCCAUGAAUGUUUGCAAUGCCUACGUAAUGUUCAAUGUAAUCGAAAACUCCUUGUGGUCUAGUCACAAAGCUGAUGCAGCAUCAAUAAAGAAAUUGUCAUUAGCUUCUAGAAUUAAAUGGUCAUAAAUCUCAGUCUAAACUGCUAAAAAGUUUUGAUUUGACAGAAAACAAACAUCAUGGUUUUUAUCUGCCUGCAUCAACUCGGGUAAGAGCACAGGGUGUUGCAACAAAACCAAGGGAAAUGUACAUAGUUGAAUAAUGUAACUUUGUGUUUGUUUUCUGAAUAUAAACUACACAACAGCCGCAAAAUAUAUUCCAUUAGCUCAAUAAACCAACACUUCACUCUGUUUGUAUUACAAAUUAUAUCAGCUAAUGUUAUUAAUGAGUAUGCAUUGCAGUAAAUUAGAUUGGAAUUUGGAAACUAUGAGGCUCUUGUAUAUUCAGACUUACCUUAAAGUGUACAUUUAAGGUUAUCAGAGCAGCAAGAUGUAGAUUAAGAUGUUAGCAGUAAUUUUACUUAGAUCGUUAUUUAAAAUGAAAAACAGUAUGAUGCCAUUCACAUUGAAUUCACAUUGAAUCACCCCUUAAAGACCCAAAGAGCUUUAAGGCUCUGUUAAGUAACUUUUUAAAUAUAAAAUAAGCAAGUAGUUGUGCUUUUUAGUGAAUGUAUAUAUGUACAAUUGUACGAUACAUAUUUUUGUUUUUGUAACUUGACUCGUUUGUGAUUGUCAGUAAUUCGUAGCAUGAUGUAUAAUUAAAUGGAUCCUUUUGUUUAAAGUAGCCGACAUUAAAUAACAC